UCAGGAAGCAGCUAUAAUAAAAUCAUCUUUCAUGUGAUGUAAGCCAGAUAUUCACUGUUUUCUCUCUCUCUUCCUAGGAUGGAUGACAUUCAGCUCUGCAAAGACAUCAUGAGUUUAAAGCAGGAGCUGAGACAGAUUGUCACAGCACCAGAGAAAGAGAGAAACAAGAAGCAGAGGCAGCGGGAAGAAGAGUUGAUCCUGAAGAUCCAUAAGCUGGUGCAGAAGAGGGAUUUCCUGGUGGACGACGCAGAGGUGGAGAGAUUAAGGGAGCAAGAGGAGGACAAGGAGAUGGCCGAGUAUCUGAGACUGAAGCUGAUGCCUCUGGAGAAGAAACUCAAAGCCACACAAAACGCUGCAAAGCCGAAGAGACAAAUACCAGAGCCACCUCCCAACAAGCCGUCCAUCACCAAGUCAGGAGUGGCCGUCAUCAAGGACUGCUGUGGAGCCACGCAGUGUGCCGUCAUGUAACCGCUAAGACCCCGUAUCAGAAACACUCACAUCGCAUCACACGUCAUACAUCACUUCCUGUAACUCAGAGAACCUCGUCUAACUGCUUUCGCCUCGCAUCUGUUCAGGAAGCAGGUUUGUAAUUGGGUCAGGGAAGGGGAAUUGUAAAUAAAAAAACUGAUCAAUACACACCUUUAAUUAGACCCAUCAUGAAACGUUCCUUUAAGAUGACAAUAUGGUCUGUGAUCAUGUGGUCGAGUGGAGCCAUUUACAGAACUAAAAGCACAAUGACCAAACGGUGAAAUAUAAAUGCUGGGGAUCUGUCUGACGGGAGAAAAUAAACAUCUGUUUUCGUCCCGUCACGAUGGACAACGGGGAUUUAUUCCUCCAUCGCAGCCCUUUAUCAAUCAGUGAACCUUUUCACUUAAGGAAACCCACAAAUCGGCUUUUGUACUGGAGCUAAGCAAUCAUUGUGACUCCAUGCAAUGGCUCUAACAUCAGUUUAAUCCUCUGUUAUUCUGUAAUAUCUGAUGUGCUUGAUUUAAAACUUUGACAGUCAAAAAAUAUUUGGUAUUCAUUGAAGAUAAACAUUUAAAAACAUAGCAAAUACUUACGGAAAAUGUUCUUCGGUGACAAAAACUCCAUUGAAAUGUUGCUAUAAAAUGUGGUCAUUACAGGUUCGUUUCCAAACAUUUGCAUUUCACUCUACAAAGGCCACUUCUUAAUGGCAGUACAUCUAAACAUGACCCAUUAUUGUAGCGUGGUAUCCACUGGUUCACAACUAUUAUUACUCUGGUUAACCUUAUAGGAAUCCCUGAGAGGCAAAUGAGAACAAAUUAUUCUGAUUAUCCAUUUUUUAAGUUUGAUUUAAAUGCUAAGCUAAAUUAUUACUGUGAUGUCUUUUGAUGUCUAAUUAUGCAUUUUUAUUGUCUCUAAUCUGCCAUUAGGAAAAAUACAAAUGCUUCCCGUCCCGUUUAGAACAUGAAAUCAGCCUCUUGUGGCCAAAAAGAGUAUUGUAACAAUGCAUAAACAUUUAUUUUGAUUCGGACAACUUGUUCAGAGGGAAAAUUAAUUUAUAAAUAACCCUGGAUAACGUUUACCCUUCUUUUUACCAUAGUCAUAAACACUGAAUAAAUAACAUUUAAGAGUGAGGUGGAUCACCAUGAUCAUCUUCUUUUCAUUUUUCUCUGAGAUUGUGCAACUAUAGAACAUCAAUUCAUCUUUUUUUUUGAUAAACAUGGUGGGAUAUUAUAUUGAAUGAUUUUAAAUGGUCCACUACACUUGCUCAUCCUCAAGUCACCACAUCAAUAUUGACUGUGGUAGCAUGUCAUCAUUCAGUCAUUAUCCAUAUUGCUGACAAAUCUUUGCAUCCUACUAAUUUCUUCUUGCGUUUUUCUGAUAAAACACCAGGAAUUGAAUGCAACUCUUGUAAAUGACUACAAUAGACGGUGUAUGUUUGAGUAUAUUUAGGACUUCAGUGACUCCUGUCAAGCAAAGUGUUGCCCUUGGUCACCUUACCUUCCUUCUGAUGACUUAGCAUUCUGUAGUAGUAGUGAAUUUAUGACGGUCCUAAUGUUGAAUAUUGAACAAAUAUGCAGAAAAUAAGCUGAAACUACCUGUACAUACAUGUUUAAAUAAAGAGCAUCUUUCAGGAAA